AUGUCAUCCACCAUCACAACAACAAUUCCAUCUUUGAGCGUUGAGCCUGCCAUGAACGUGUUCGAUCACAACAAUCAACUAGAGGAUAAUCAUUCCAACACGAAUGCAUCCUCUCCAACCAACCUCAUCCAUGCAUUAGACAGUCAAUCAUCGGAUCCAUUGCUCGAUGAACAUAAUCAUAUUGAUCCCUCUCAUCAAGUGACUGGCAAGAUUAGUGGACGAUACACUCAGCUGAGAAAGCAAUUGAGACAAUGCAAUCACUUUUCAGAGAAUUAUUUUGUUUUGGAAGUGAACCCACACUCCUCAAAACAGCCACAACGAAAAUCAAGUAAGAAGAGAACUCAAAAAUCGACAGCAAACAAAUCGUGUGCGAACACAACCAAGAAAGUGAAAAGAGAAGAACCAACUACUGAACGACUUUCAACAUCCCUUCCUCCUUCUACCUCUUCCUCUCCUCAAAUACAAUCAUCUUCAAUCAAUAAUCCUCACAAGAACAGCAGUAGCAGCACAGAAAGCUCCUCUUCCUCAGAUACAUGCUCUCCAACCUCUCUCUUUGUAAAUCCUUUUUCGGUGCUUGCCAACUCUACGGUGGAUCAACAAGCUCAAAUCAUGAAAGCGCUCGAGCAAGUGUUUCUUCAAGGAUUGUUGACCAAUGCGAAUCAAGCAGCAGCGUUGUUUCAAAUACCAAUAGAACCACAAGUUGAGAAUAUGAAUUUGUUUGGAACCACCAGUGUUGCAUCACCUGUGGUAUCGACUGAUCAAUUUAGUAACAUGUCAGAUUUUUGUGACAUGAAUUUUGAUCUACUGUAA